AGAAGAACUGAAAAAGGAAGAUGAAACCUGUUAGAAGAGACUCGCUCCAACGAGCUGAUCAUAUCUUUACUCCUUGUAGCGGAGGCAUAUACUAUCACCAUGGCAUAUAUGUGGGCAAAGCCACGGUCACUAACCCGAAAAAUAAUGGAGAAGAACAAGAAAUAUACGAUGCAGUCAUUCAUUUCCUCGGAUUUUACAAGAAAAGCAGCUGUAAACCCCAAUGCAAGAGAUGUUUCUACACUUCUCAAAAUAUGGGAGUUAUCAUAACCUGCCUCGAUUGCUUCCUUGACGGUAGCUUAGUCUAUGUCUACGAAUAUGGCGUCUCCUACUUGACAUUUAAUUUUAAAAGUAACGGCAGUUGCAGUUAUUGGGAUUCUUAUCCUCCUGACAAGGUUAUUCGGACAGCGUAUUGUUUUCUCGACAAGCAAUCCUUCGGUGAUUACCACUUGGUUUUUAACAACUGUGAGAGCUUUGCAACCUACUGCAAAACGGGUAAUGCCAUGAGCAAUCAGGCCUUAUUCGGAUCAGGCUUGCCUGGUGCUGCCGCUUAUAUUAUUGCAAAAGGUAUAUUAUGGGGAAUUAAGGAGUAA